UGUGCACUGUGAUUCCAGGUGGCUUUCAAGCAUCCAUCAAGUUCAGCCAACCCCCCAGAGGAAAAGAAACCAUCUCCAGCAUCACUGUGCUCCCAGGCCAAGGGGAACCAUGGGGAAUUGUGCUCAGGGCUGUAAGGACUAUUGGUGCCGACCGAAGAACACCAACGUCCGGAUCAGUCUACCAGCUGUGUGCUUUGUCUGGCAGAUUGCCAUGAUUAUCCUCUUUGGAGUCUUCAUCCGCUACGAUGAGGAGUCGGACACCCAUUGGGUAGAUUUCAGAAGGGAACAUAACAUUUCCAGUGAUAUAGAGAACGACUUCUACUUCAGAUACCCAAGCUUCCAGGAUGUGCACGUAAUGAUCUUUGUGGGAUUUGGCUUCCUCAUGACGUUCCUGAAGCGCUACAGCUUCGGCGGAGUGGGCUUCAACUUCCUCAUCGCCUCCUUUGGCAUCCAGUGGGCCCUGCUGAUGCAGGGCUGGUUCCACUCACUGGACCCGAACACUGGCAAGAUCACCAUCGGCGUCGAAAGCUUAAUUAAUGCAGACUUCUGUGUAGCUGGCUGCUUAAUUGCCUAUGGGGCCUGUCUGGGUAAAGUCAGUCCAGUCCAGCUAAUGGUUCUCACGUUGUUUGGGGUCACCCUCUUUGCUGUGGAGGAGUACAUCAUCCUGGACCUCAUUCAUGCCAAGGAUGCUGGCGGCUCCAUGGUCAUCCACACCUUCGGCGGCUACUACGGUCUAGCGAUCUCAUGGGUCCUCUAUCGACCAAACCUCCACCAGAGCAAGCGCCUGAAUGGCUCUGUCUACCACUCCGACGUCUUCGCCAUGAUCGGCACACUGUUCCUGUGGAUGUUCUGGCCCAGUUUCAACUCGGCCAUCACUGACCACGGAGACGGACAGCACAGGGCAGCCAUCAACACCUACCUGGGCCUGGCCUCCACCGUGCUCACCACGUACGCCAUCUCCAGCCUCUCUGCCAAACGAGGAAAGCUGGACAUGGUGCACAUCCAGAAUGCCACCCUUGCCGGGGGCGUUGCCAUGGGGACAGCUGCGGAGUUUAUGAUCCAGCCCUACGGCUCUCUGAUCGUGGGUUUCUGCUGUGGGAUCCUCUCCACGUUGGGCUAUCUGGUGCUGUCUCCUUUCAUGGAGAAGACCCUAAAGAUCCAGGACACAUGUGGAGUGCACAACCUGCACGCCAUGCCUGGCGUGAUCGGGGGUGUGGUGGGAGCAAUCACUGCUGCUGCAGCCACGGAAGAUGUCUAUGGUCAUGAGGGGUUGGUGAACACAUUCGACUUUGAGGGAUCCUUUGUGAACAGAACCGUUGGCACUCAGGGUGGACACCAGGCAGCAGGCCUGUGUGUUGCCAUUGUCUUUGGAAUAGGUGGUGGUGCCAUUGUAGGUGCGAUCCUGAGGCUUCCCAUCUGGGGAGAUCCUGCAGAUGAUAACUGUUAUGAUGACGAAGUUUACUGGGAGCUUCCCGAGGAUGAAGAAAGCAUCCCUCCUAUUCUUGAGUACAACAACCACAUGUUAACCAAGAACCCUGACAUGUCGGAGUCCAAUUUCUCCGUGGAACAAAGUUAAACAAACUCCCAACCCCAGGACCCUGGCAUGGACCGACAUCCCAACUUGAACUUGAACCCCAAGAAUGGAGAAAAGCAAAACAUGCAAACAAGAACUCUCGUCGUUUCCUUGUCUUAUCCCGAUAAUAACUUGUAUGAACGUUUGUGUUUUAAAUUAAUGGUUACAAUGGCACUGGAACCAAUAAUUGGUUUAGUCGUGCCAACAACCGCGAUCGUAGCCUACUCAGGUGGCUAUAGGACUAUACACCAUAUUGUGGCUAUAUCCCACAUGGUGUCAUGCCCAGGCGCACGUAGCCGCGCGGCGCGUCUGAGUAGCCUGGUAGCGGCAGUUUUACCAUAAGAGCAUAUUCCCGGAUGUACCUAACUAUGUAUGUUAUUGCUAUACUUUUACUGUCCUAGUCCUAUAAUUAAUUUUCCGACCGUUUUAAGGAUAUUUUCCAUUUUUAAUCUUCAAUCUUAUCCUAUGCAUUUUUAUAUCAGUGAAUGUAGCCUACACAGUAUGCCUUUGUUGUGUUUGUGAAAAUGUACAUGUAUUUAAAUGUGAAAAUGUGAAUGAGUGCUACUGUGUGUUCAUAAUGAAGUAUAUUGAUUAAAAAUGUGAAU